AUGCGGGUGUUGUAUCAAUCUCAUGAGUUGUGGGAGAUUGUAGAGAGCGUUUUUCAGGAGCCCGAAGUUGAGAGAGAUUUGAAUCAAAGACUUCUUCAAGAGUUGAAAGAAAAUCGGAAGGAUCGGAAAGCUCUUUUCUUCAUCUAUCAAGCGGUAGAUGAAAUUAUUUUUGAGCGGAUCUCUACGGCGAAGGAGGCUUGGGAUACACUGCAUGCUUCUUACAAAGGAGAUGAUAAAGUAAAAAUGGUACGUUUACAAACCCUACGAAGCCAAUUUGAUAUGUUGAAGAUGAAGGAGUCGGAAAGUGUGGAAGAAUAUUUCAAUCGGGUAAUCACCAUUGUUAACCAAUUGAAAUUGAAUGGAGAACUUGUAGAAGAUAAAAGAGUUAUUGAGAAGAUUUUGCGAAGUUUGACAAGAAAAUUUGAAGCCACGGUGGUAGCCAUAGAAGAAGCGAAGAACAUAGAGCAAAUGUCUAUUGAAGGUUUGCUUGGAUCUCUACAAUCCCAUGAAUUAAGAAUGAAGCAAUAUGAUUCGACACCACUUGAGGAAGCAUUCCAAACUCAAGUGGCAUUGCGUGGGAAUUUCAAAGGUGGCCGUGGAAGAGGUUUUGGCAGAGGAAGAGGUUCUUUUGGUAGAGGAAGAGGCUCUUAUGGUACUCGUGGAAGAGGCCGUGUUGGUAGAGGAGAAUCUACACAAAGUGAUGGAGGUGAAGUUCAAGGUGGAACUCAUGGUGAUGGAGAAGGUGCACGUGGUCGUGGACAUGGUUUCAGAGGAAGAGGAAGAAGCAACCUUGCCAAUAUCAAAUGUCACUUUUGCAAAAGGUAUGGGCACACUUAUCGUUAUUGUUGGAAGAGGCAGGAGAGUGAAGAGGCAAAUGCAGAUUUGGUGCAAGAAAAGGAAGUGGAGAAAAGUGAAGACACAAUGUUUCUUACACAUAGUAAGGAAUAUGGGGAUUCAGGAGAUGUAUGGUUUAUUGAUAGUGGUUGUAGUAAUCACAUGACUGGCAAUAGAAGAUUGUUUGUUACUUUGGAUAACUCAAUCCAAAGUGAAGUACGUACGGGAGAUGACAACAAACUAUUUGUGGAAGGAAAAGGUGACAUUUUGGUGCAAACAAGGAAGGGAGAAAAGAAGAUAUCAGAUGUCUUCUAUGUUCCAAAUCUUAAGCAUAAUUUGCUUAGUGUUGGACAACUAAAUCAAAAGGGUUAUGUGUUGAUGUUUUCUCUUAACACUUGUACCAUUAAAGACAAGCAUGGAUUUUUGGUAGCCAAGGUGAAGGUGACUCCAAAUAAAAUGUAUCCCAUGAAGAUGAUUUGCAGUUUGAAUGGUUGUUUGAAAACUUCCAUUGAGAAUCAUUCAAGAUUAUGGCAUUGCAGAUUUGGUCACUUGAUUUCCAAGACACUUUCUUAUAUGAGCCAGAAGAAUAUAGUUGAUGGGCUUCCACAUAUUGAAGUUCAAGACAAGAUCUGUGAAGCAUGUGUUGCAGGAAAGCAAAGCAGAGCACCAUUUUCAGUUGGAAAAUCAUGGAGAGCCUUGAAGCCAUUGGAGCUUAUUCAUUCAGAUUUAUGUGGACCAAUGCACACUACUUCUAUUGGAGGAGGCGGCCACGUCUCCAAAGCCAACAACGCGCCGAGGUUGGCGACGAUUGCUGAGAGGAUUACGGAUUCUUUAACACUCUCCGUCGUCGUUUCUUACAGAGCGAAAGCUUAA